AUGGUUUCUCAAAUUGUUUUUAUUUUUCUAGUUAUUGGAAGUCUUGUGAAUUGUCAAAUUCCGGAUGUAAGUUUUGAAAAAAAAAUUAAUAAUAGGAACUUUAAUUACCAAAAAUCUAAUUUUUAAAUGUAAAAUUAUUGUCGGUCAAUUAAUUAGCACUAAUUAAUUACCUGAAGCUCUUUAAUUAACCAAUUAAGUGGUUAAUUAGCACUAUCUGAUUAACCAAAAGUUUCAGAAUUUCUUACUGAAAAAUUCAUCGAUUUUUUACAGUAAAUUUUCAUAAGGCUAAUUAAUUAAUUAAUUAUUUUAAGGAGCUCCGCCAGAAAUUCAAACAUGCCAAAAGCAUCCAUCAAUUAUUCGAUAAUUUACACGUUAUUUAUCAUCCCGAAUUGACGAAUCAACAUGUUCAAAAAGAUGAUUUGGGUGUAACUGCAGGUUUUUAACUAGCCAACAUUUUAAUUAAUUAGGGUAAUUAAUUAAUUUUUAGCGCCAGUUAGAGUGAAAGCUGGAAGUUUGUCGAAUGUUGCGGUUGAGGGAACGAUUAUUGAUGGUAGGCGAAUUCCCGGGAUUUGCCACGUCAUAACUCUCAUAAUUCACAUUUCAGACCACACCUUCGGCCAUUUGCAAUCCAUCAAAGAAAUCCGACAAGGAAACGAUACUUGCAAACUUCAAUCGGUUUGUGUUCCGAUUCCUGCAAUAUCCGAUGAUCCACAAGUUGUGAUUUAUCCCAGAUGUUAUGAGGUAAAUUAAUUGAAAAUCCAAGAUUUCAACCUCAAAAAUCCCCGCAGGUCGAUCAAUGCGUUGGAAGUUGUUGCGAUUCGGUGGAAUCUUGUCAUCCACACACUGUGAAUUUGGUCAAGAAAACUGUCAUUGAGAUGAUUUAUAUGGGAAAUCAUCGAUUUAUGAUCAAUUCGACGAAAUUGAUCACAAUGGAAGAGCACACUUCUUGCUCGUGUUUUGAUUGUGGAGCAAGGGUUAGUUCUGAACUUGAGUUAUGAUGUGGCAAAGUUCGAAAAAACCCUUCUUCAAACUUUGCCACGUCAUGACUUAUGUUCAGAGUUGAGCCAACUCCGAUUUUUUAGACUCCAAAUUGCACAGCUGGAUUUGUUGUUGGAAGAAGUUGCACUUGUGAAUGCGCGAAUAAAAAUGAUAGAAAUACUUGUAUCGGUAAGUUGAUUAUAUAUCCGCCCCUUUCAUUCUAUUCUUCGCCAUAUUCCUUUAGGAAAUCAAGUUUGGAAUGAUCAAAGUUGCAAAUGUGAAUGUAGUUUGGAAUGCGAUGAGAAGCACAUUUUAAACGAGCCACUUUGUCAAUGUAUGAAGAAACGAAAACAUCAUAAACACGGAAAUCAUCGACAUCAACAUUCUAGAGCGCAUCCAAUCACCGAUGAAGACGUCGAUAAAAUACCGAAAAUGAAAUUUGGAAGUGCUGUAGAAAUCAAAUGA